AUGCCCAAGUUCCGUUUCCCCCACCGCUCUCAACUCUUUAGCUCAAACAAGUUAAAGAGGAGAGAGAGCCAGAACGUAUGGGGCCUGAAACAGAGUUUGCAUAAGCAUGCUACCUUUCGACUUGGGAAAAUAGUCGACCUAUGUUUUCUUGUUCAUGUAUUUUCAUGUGGGUGCAGACAGCAAAGAUCAUGGUUUGAGUGGAUUUUACCACAUGGGUUGUUCAAACUGCAGAGAGUACCGGAUCAUCGAUUGCUACCUUAG